AUCAUGCCUACAUUUCAAGAUCGUGAAAGCAGUCAACCUCUAGCGUAUCCUGAAGCUGUUCUCUUGACCAAAACAGCCGAUCCUAAAUUGCAAGGAGAGGUGGAUGACAAGUAUGAAUAUUCCAUGGAUCGCAAAGAUAGCAAAGUGUAUGGCUGGAUAUCAAAAGAUCCGGCAAUGGGAUUUUGGGUGAUCCGACCCAGUGAUGAGUUCUGUACAGGUGGACCUUUUAGACAAGAACUAACGGCUCAUACUGGUCCAUUUCUUUUAUCUAUGUUUACUAGUUCUCAUUAUUUGGGGGAAAAUACAAAAUAUGAAGAGCCAUGGAAUAUGGUUUUUGGACCUGUUUUUAUUUAUCUUAAUUCCAACUCAACUGCUGAUGACCAAGCACUUUGGAAUGAUGCUAAAAGACAGAUGUCAACGGAAGUUGAAAGUUGGCCAUACAAUUUUACUCAAUCAAAAGAUUUCUCUUAUUCUGAUAAACGAGGAACUGCCUCAGGCCAAAUAACAAUAAUAAAUGAAGGGAAUUCCAAAUUGGCAAAUGGUGCUUAUGUUGGCUUGGCAGCUCCAGGAGAUGUAGAUUCAUGGCAAUUUGAAACCAAGGGUUAUCAAUUCUGGACUCAAGCUGAUAAUGAGGGGUGUUUCACAAUUGAAAAUAUUCGAGUUGGAACUUAUAAUUUGUAUGCAUGGGUUCCUGGAUUUGUUGGAAACUACAAGUAUGGUGAGAACAUCACCAUUACACCAGGAAGCAAUAUUAAAUUGGGUGUCCUUAACUAUGAAUCUCCUAGAAAUGGGCCAACCAUAUGGGAAAUAGGGUAUCCUGACCGAUCCGCUGCUGAGUUCUUUGUGCCGGAUCCAGAGUCAACACUUACAAACAAAUUAUUCAUCAACCAACCAACUGAAAAGUUUAGGCAAUACGGAUUAUGGGAACGAUACACUAACUUAUAUCCUACAGAAGAUCUUGUAUACAAUGUUGGCACUAGUAACUGCAGUCGAGAUUGGUUUUUUAUUCAUGUACCAAGAAAUACUGGGAAAGAUGUGUACAAGCCAACCACAUGGCAAAUAACUUUCGAGCUCGAAACUGUGAUUCAAACUGGAAAUUAUACAUUGCAAUUAGCCUUAGCAUCUGCUACUGAAGCUGAAAUACAGGUGAGGUUCAACGAUCCAAAUGCCAAGCGACCUCUUUUCACAACAGGGCUAAUAGGCAAGGACAAUGCAAUUGCAAGACAUGGAAUUCAUGGUAUCUACUGGUUUUAUACCAUUGAUGUGCCUAAUGAUGUACUUGUUAAUGGAAAAAAUACAAUUUAUUUGACUCAGACAAGAGUUGCCGCAAUUUUUCAUGGUGUAAUGUAUGAUUACAUACGUUUGGAAGGGCCAACAAGUACCUAAUUUGUUAGCUACAAAUUUUUUUAAAGUCAUGCUUACAUACUUUUAAGCAUGAUUAAUUCCAAUAUAAAUGUAAAUAAGUCGAUUAGGUACGGCUUAAUUGGUCUUUUCAGGUUUUAUAUAAGAUAUGGAGAGUAAGAAGUCUCAAUUUUGAAGUA